CAGCCUCGGCCCUUCUGCCGUGAAAAAGGAAGAUGAAAAGCAGCGGCGGUCCGCCGACACAGAACCGAGCCUGAACCGAGCCUGACUUCCAGCGCAAUGGCGGCAGAGCGGCUGCUGACGGACCGGAGCCCGAGCUCAGCUGCUGUUCCUCGGCCUUGAAGCUGCCACGAGCGCCGCUGGAGCUGCGGAGCCUGGAGGAGCAGCGGGUGGAGCUGCACCAGCCCGGGCCGGGCCGGGCCGGGCCGAGCCGUGCUGAGCCGAACCGAGCCGAGCCGCCGUCAUCUCCCGCGCUGCUAACGAUGCUCAGCUAGCUGCAGAACUGAAGCCUCGACUGCACCAGACCCGAACCAGACUCUGCCCGAACCCCCUUCAGUGUCCCCGCAGGCUGCAGCAUGGAGCGCUCCGGCAGCAUCCAGCUGGACAUCCCGGACUUCAGUAACUCGGUUCUGUCCCACCUGAACCAGCUGCGUGUUCAGGGCCGGCUGUGCGACAUCGUGGUCAACGUGCAGGGUCAGAGCUUCCGGGCGCACAAAGUGGUCCUCGCCGCCAGCUCGCCGUACUUCCGGGACCACAUGUCUCUGAGCCAGAUGAGCACCGUGUCGCUGACGGUGAUCCGAAACCCGACCGUGUUCGAGCAGCUGCUGUCGUUCUGCUACACGGGCCGGCUCUGCCUGCAGCUCGCCGACAUCAUCAGCUACCUGACGGCCGCCAGCUUCCUGCAGAUGCAGCACAUCAUCGACCGCUGCACGCAGAUCCUGGAGGGGAUCCACCUGAAGAUCAGCCUCGCCGACAUGGACGAGGAGCCGGCGGAGGAGGCGCGGGGCUCCAGGAGGACCCUGGAGGCCGUGGUGCGAGGAGGUGCUCACGGCGGCCUGCGGCUGCUCGGAGCACGAGGGGGAGGGGAGGCGUGCGAGGCGGUCAGCCCCGCCGAGGAACCGCUGAGCCCGCCGCCGACUGUGGAGCACAGCGGCCUGGAGGGGUCCGGGCCCGCCGUCAGCAGGACGGGCAAGGAACCCAUCCUCCGAAUCAACCGGGCCGGGCAGUGGUACGUGGAGACAAGCAGCGAGCCGGAGCGGACCGGCAGCGCCGAGGAGAACAGCGGCAUGGACCGGGUCAGGAUCAAGACGGAGAGGAUGGAGGACUGGAUCGGAGCCGGAGAGCACCAGGAGGAGGGCGGGCCAGUGGAGGAGGGCGCCACUGUGAUGAUCGACACGUCCGGACGCAGCACGCUGGUGACGGCGCCGCCGGGCUCGAUGGGCGGGCGCAGCGCCCAGCCAUCGUCCAGCUUCAGCGAGACAGACAGGUUCAGUCCUACCGGCAGCGUCGUCGUCCUCGCCGAGCGUCAGAGAGCAAAGAGCGAAUCACCGAGCAGGGCGGACGAGCUGAGACAGCCGAGCUCUCAGGGGGAGGAGCAUGCAGCGUUCGAUAUGGGCGGUUACGAGGACUACCUGAGGGAGCAGGUCGGGGACCGCUGGUUCCGAUACAACCCGCGGCUCACCUGCAUCUACUGCUGCAAGUCGUUCAACCAGAAGGGCAGCCUGGACCGCCACAUGCGGCUCCACAUGGGCAUCACGCCGUUCGUCUGCCGGAUCUGCGGGAAGAAGUACACCCGCAAGGACCAGCUGGAGUACCACAUCCGCAAGCACACCGGCAACAAACCGUUCCACUGCCACGUCUGCGGGAAGAGCUUCCCCUUCCAGGCCAUCCUCAACCAGCACUUCCGCAAGAACCACCCGGGCUGCGCCCCCCAGGAGGCCCACAGCGCCUCCCCCGAGACCACCACCGCCUCCGUCACGUCCAGGGGAGGUCCGAGCGACGAGGCCUCCCCGAGCCAGGAGGAGCCCGAGGGCGGUGGCGGGAGCAGCAGCGGUGGAGGCCAGUACGGUGAAGGUCCCCAGGCCUCGGUGUCCACCACAGGGCCUGACUGACCCCGCCCGGGUGGAGGUCGGGGGGCGGGGGUGACAGACGUGGAGGGGCACCUGAAGCGAGCGAAUGAACGGACGCCUCCGAGUCCGGACCGAGAUUUUUCCGCUUUAAACCGCAUCUACCUUCACGAACCGAACCGAACCGAUCUAAGCUAAAUGAAGAAACGCCACACACUCCAACAACCUCAUAACCACACGACGCCCUGGGCGGUCCUCGUCUGCCUCCGUCUACUUCGUUAAGUUACAGAUUUCUACUUUUAUAUUUACAGGUUCACCGAGCAGCAUCACCACAGAAACUCUGCCAAACUUCUCAGUGCCACUUCAACAGAUCAGAUCCUUCAUCUGCCUCGAGACAAUCGGAGCCGCCGGGUUCAGCUCAUUAACCCGCGAGCUCGUUAAAGUGCCACAAAGGCUCCAAACGAGAAAACCACAAAGUCAGUGUGAUCGAGUUCUCUGACUGAAACCUCGAACCACGACGUCUGAUCACAGGUGUUUAAUGUUGGAGCUCGUUAGUGUUCGUUCAUUAACAGAGUCACCGAGCGUCAAAGUCUGAACGAGUCCAAUUAAUUAAUUAAAUCAUUUGUCUCGUUUAAAUUCAUUAGAUCUGAAGCUUGUUUCGUCUCUGUGACUCUGAUCAGAUCUGUAAUCACUGACGUCCUCUGAAAUAUUACAUCAUGAAGGUGACCUUUAAUCUGCACC